GCGCAGUAACUCGAGAUAAUGGAGGACUAGUUUCAAAAUCUUGGCGGAUCUUCAGCAAAAAUAGAUUAGAACGAUUCUAGAAAUAUGAGCUCUGGAAAGGCCAAUCGGAAGAAAAAUGAUCUGAGUGAAGCAGUUCAGUAUUUUGCAAAAUGCAAAGCCAAGGUGGUAGUAAAAGGUAACUUGGAGCUGCAAACAUCACUAGAAAUAAUAAAAAAUGCCUCACAAAAAAGUGGCCUUGAACCAUUCCACUUUGUACCAUUAUUGGAUGCUGCAGCCAGUGGAUUCUUUGCCCAGACAGUGAGUCGACAGUUGAUACGUGCACUAGUACCAUCAUCUAGCAUUCCACAGGAGGCAAUUGUGAAAGCCAUUUCAUGGAUGUCCACAAACAAACCUCCCAUUGCUAUACAGUGCCUUCUUCUUCGAUGGAUUCUUGUAGUGUAUGACUACAUUGAUGGCUAUGACAAACUUCAUGCCUUAUAUGGCAUCAUCUUUCUGUUCUUGGACAGUCAGGUUAUGCUUCCUCAUGUGUGUCAUCUGCUUUUCCUACUUACCCGCAAAGAGGAUGUCCGUAUGUUUAGAGUCCGAAAGCUCCUAUCUCUCAUCCAAGGCGAGUAUGCCUUUUGUACCGAGCUGCACUUUUUUCUGAUGUGUCAUUGGCAUUGUGGAUAUCAAUCUUGCAUUGUUGGACUCCUGACAAUCUAUAAGCUUUAUUACCCAAACCUGGUGUCUUUUGCUCUGCCUACUUCAAACAAGAUGUUCUUUGGGUUAUACGACCGAAAGUGGAAAAGCGAAGUGAGGACCAUGAUGGAAAAGAGCAGCAGUGAGUCCAGAACUCUUGCAUCACUCGGUACGUCAGGGCCCACCAGGACAGAAGAUCUGUGUGUCUCCAAGUCACACCAACUUGGAGUCAAGCCUCCACCAAAGAAAAAACAAAGGCUUUCCAUUCCUAUAGCUCAUUCUGCAUCUGCUGAAAUCCAGCAAACUGAACACACUGACCAGGUUUCCUUGUGUGUGAAUUGUAACCGUGUUCCUUUCGUUCAAAUAGACACUUUCACCAGUAUGCUGGACAACAUCAACAAAAUUGAGUUUCCUAGCCAGGUUGCAGCUUGCCUGCAGAAUCCAGUCUUGCAACAUUUGAUGGCAUAUUCAGCAGAUAAAGUUGUGGCAGCUCGCUUUAAUUUCUGGCUCCAGCAUACCUUAACUGAAGAAUUUCUUAACAAUGCUCCUUUGCGAAUGGAAGAUAAUGAAAUGCUUCUCAAGAAACUUGUGGAUUUCACAGACUUUCUGCAGGAAGGAAUUCCUGUUGUGGAAAAUUUCCUUAGCAGUUAUCUGUUAACCUGGAAUGGUCUGGAUUACUGCCCUUUGAUUUUCCGGUUGAUAAGCAGAUGUCACCUCUAUGGAUUUCAAGAUCUCAAUGACCUCAUUCUAGAACCUCUGAGACAGCUUUAUUUUUCUUCUUCUGUCUACUUCAAGUGCCAGUGUUUGUUUGCCUUAACGGAACUGUUAAGGAACUAUGCAGCCAAUGAGUGUCCAAGGCUUCAGGAACAACUAGGCAUGAUCAGCUCAGAAGACCAGACCACAACAGAAACCCAACUCCAGCCAAUGAUCAGCUUGUGUGGCAUCUUUCCAGACCAGGUCAACGUGACAGUGCAACCUCUCAGUGUCCUGCAGAGAUUAGUAGCCUAUGUAGACCAUCUGGCAGUGCUGGGACUACUGCUUGAGGAGAACAACAGCCUUCUGAUGUACAGUGCUAUCAACUUCAUAGAACUGUUAGCAGACUGGAAUCUUCGGCUGAAAGUUGAGGCAGUUACCCUGCCAUCAGAGCAUUUAGUGCGCCGAAUUCUCUUUUCCAGUAGCAGUGUUGCAAUAUCAAGUCUUUGUAUGGUAUUUUGUCGAUAUAAAGAAGCCUUUGUGCAAACACCAAGUCGAAAGCGAGAGAGUGUCAACAUGUUCAAUGACAUGCUGGUGGAUAUAUGUGAUGCCCUGUGGAGAAACAAAGCCUUCAGUAAUCAAACACAGGGUUCACUCAGAAAUAUGGGCAGUGAACUCGCCCCAUCUUUUCAAACUUGUUCCAUAUCAUAUCCCACGUCACGUUUCUCCAUUUUCCAAGGUCAGGCAUUUUUGCCUUAUGCCUGGAAAUUUCUUGUGCUGACUCAGCCUAAAGGGAAAAAAGUUCAUCCAAAUCAACUAAAGACUGUGAAAGAUACCUACCUAGAUUUCCUCGAGCAAGAACAUCUCCGGGGCAUCAUUCAGUUUAUCGGUACCUUUGUCAUGCGUAAGACAACCAGCAGUCGCACCACAGAGUCCUUACAGGAAGGAAGUGUUCAGCAUUCCUAACAAACAAGAAGUCUGCAGUCUGUGUGAUACUGGGUAAAUUUCAAGACUUUGUCAUAUUCAUCUAUCUCUGAUAUGUGAAAGUGGGCCAGCAGUUGUCUCAAAUACUUUUGGUAAACAACAAUUGAAGUAAUUUGCUUAUUCACGAUUUGAAGUUAUAAUACCAGUUAUGCUUUCAAAGUUGUUUUUUUUUCCUUAACAGUUGCUUUUUUUCUUUUUUUUUUUUUGUGCUGUUUGAAUAUUCUUGAACACAGCAAUUUUUUCCAGCUGUUAUUCACACUGAGCUGUAGCUCAAGGAAAUAUCUUGCCAUUGUGUAAAGCAUUAAAUCAUAGAAUUAAGGUGAAGUGACAUUUGAUUAUUUAGUGAGAGCAUGGUUUUGCACAAAGUUACAGUGUUGUGAGUGCUCAUCAAUGGCAAAUAAAUGUGUAUGUCUAUAAAUGUUUGAAAGGGGUGUAAGCCAGACCAAAAUAUUUCUUUGGCUUUGACAGGCUGUGAUGGAUUUUGCCCUUUUAUCUGUGUGUGGUUGGAGGGAAGAAGGUGAGUGUGUGUGAGAGCAUGUCUUUAUGGUGAACCAAGGAACUAGAUGGGUGGGAGCGAGGGUAGUAUAGUUGUGGGGUACUGUUAGGGAGUAGAGUGAGGCAUCAACCACACCAACUGGGGAACUAAAAUAACAUUUUUGACUGGGAUUUUGUAGGUGAGCAGGAGAAUUGAUGUCCCCACAUUUUGCUUACCAGAUAACUUUAGGUUCCAUAGAAUGACAGGACAGUGAAAGGGUGGGCGUUACAUCAAAUUGCAAACUGAAGUUUUCAGAAUAUUUAAUGAUGAAAUGAUAAUUUACUAGGAUAACAUUGAAAACCACUAGUUUGAGUCUUUCUUCGAUAUUUAGUCAGGGUUUUAGUACAGUUUUAUGCCUUUUUUUUUUAAAAUGUGAUGUUUGCAUUUAGCUUUUAAAGACUCAUUAUUUAUCAUGGAAUUUGCUUCCUGUUUCUUUGAUCUGAGUAUGAUUGAUACAGCUAAUAAAGAUAUGCAAUUUGUAA